UUGUACAGUACAGUGUACACUGUACACUCCUUAUAUAUUAUAUACAAACUAGGCUGUAUAAAUAAUAAUUUAUUAUUCCAGAUAAAAACUUGAAACAAUGUCUGCUGAAGAAGGAAAGAAGAUCUUUACCAAGGCCUGCUCUCAGUGCCAUACUGUAGAGAAGGGAGGAAAGCACAAGCAAGGACCGAACCUAAACGGUCUCUUUGGUCGGGCAACCGGGCAGGCCUCCGGGUACACUUAUACUCAGGCUAACAAGGAUAAGGGAAUCACUUGGGGAGAGGAUACCCUGGACGUUUAUCUAACCAACCCUAAGAAGUAUAUCCCAGGCACUAAGAUGGUAUUCGCAGGUUUGAAGAAGGCUAAGGAUCGUUCUAAUCUGAUCGCCUACCUCAAGGAAUCAACUGCAUAGAUCAGAGUUCAAGAUCGCCAACCCAACAUCCUGGCGGACAUACAUCCUAGUAUUAGUCGAAUAUUAGCUUAGUCGAAUCUAGCCAAGUUUCUUUGUGUUAUGGCUGAACAAAUAUGUUACGAGCCGACUAUACAAAGAUAUUGAGCUAAUCUUUAUUUGCCGUUGUUAUCGUGAUUUUAGUUACUUCAAUUUCUUUGCAUUUUCAUUGAACCGUUUGCAUUUAAUAAUUUAAAAGGUAACAAUAGUAACAUGUUAAAUAAAGUGUUUCCGACAUA